GCCUGACCAUAGAGGCCAUCUCAGGAACAAUGGAUUUGAGAGAGAAGAUAGAGGCAAAUCGCCAACUGAGAGCAGCGUCGGCAGAUGUGUAGGAGUCGAUUGACAUUAGCUUCAAUAAGGCGCCGGAAGAAGCCUGUAUGCUACCGUCUAUGGACGCCUUGGAGAUACAAGGGGUAGUAGCCGGAUGCAGAGUGAGGAGAAUGUUGGUCGAUACGGGAAGUUCCAUGGAUGUGCUGUUCAAGGAUACGGUGGUUCGCAUGCAACUAUCGCCAGAGAUGAUCAGACCAUCCGAGUCCGUGCUGGUAGGCUUCUCGGGGGCGCCCGCCCGAGUGAUAGGACGGGUGUGCCUGCCUGUCACCUUGGGAGAUGGGGAGCAAAGGGUGACGCGCGCAAUAGACUUCGGGAUAGUGGACUGCCCAUCGCCGUACAAUGCAAUCCUUGGAAGGCCCCUCCUAGCCUUAUUCAACGGGGUGGCCUCCACUUGUCACCAAACCUUGAAGUUCAUCGCCCCUCAGGGGGUGGGCGUGGCCCGGGGGCGAGGCGCCCUGCGUUACGCGAAGGAAACCGGGCGCAAGCGAAGGCACGGCGAGGCAAGAAUCAAUGUGAUGGAAGUUGUGGGGGAUGAGGCUCCACGAGCGGAGGCAGCCGAUGAAGAACUGUUGGUAGCGCUGGAGGAAGGAUGCCCAGAAAGAUGCGUCAGGAUCUCUGCAGAGGCGCCUGCCAAAAUGAUGGAACGACUCAUCGCGCUCCUAAGAGAAUUCGCCGAGCUAUUUGCGUGGAGUGCGUUGGAAAUGCCGGGCGUCCAACCCGAAACGGCCGUUCACAGGCUGGCGGUCGAGGAAGGCAGGCGCCCCGUGCAGCAAAAGCGCACGAACCUAUCGCCAGAAAAGGAGGCGGCGCUCAGGGUCGAGGUGGACAAGCUGAUGGGUGCUAACUUGGUCGAAGAAACUUCUUAUGUUACUUGGUUGUCGAAUGUGGUCUUUGUGCCAAAGCCGUCGGGCGACUGGAGGAUGUGUGUGGAUUACACAAGCCUCAACAGGGCAUGCCCAACAGACGCCUACCCAAUGCCCUGGAUAGACUUGCUGGUGGACUCCACGGCAUACCACGAGAUGUUGAGCUUUGUAGACAUGUUUUCUGGAUAUCAUCAAAUCCCCAUGGCAGAGGAAGACCGGCCCAAAACAGCUUUCAUGACACCUUUUGGAAACUUCUGCUAUCGGGUCAUGGCCUUCGGGCUCAAAAACGCGGGCGCCACGUAUCAAAGGAUGGUCAACAACGUCUUCCGGCAGCAAAUCGGCCGAAAUGUAGAGGCCUACGUGGACGACCUCAUAGUCAAAAGCCGGAAACGAGAAGACCACAUCGAAGAUUUGCGAGAGACGUUCCAGGCCAUGAGAGCGCAUAGGCUUCGUCUGAACCACCUCAAAUGUGUGUUCGGCGCCGAAGCGGGAAAGUUUCUGAGAUUCAUGAUCACCAAAAGAGGUAUAGAAGCCAACCCAAAGCAGGUAGACGCCAUCCUCAAGCUGACUCCCCCGAAGACGCCCAAAGAGGUGCAAGGCCUAGCGGGCAGGCUGGCAGCGCUGGGGCGCUUUAUCCCCCGAUCUGCCGACAAGGCCGCUCCCUUUUUUCGAACGCUCAAGAAGGCCGUGCGUUUCCAAUGGACCACUGAGUGUGACGGGGCGUUUGAAGAAUUGAAGCAGCUCUUAAGCGCCCCAACCGUAAUGACGGCGCCUAAAGAAGGAGAACCUCUGUACCUUUACAUUGCUGUGUCAGAGGUUUCGGUAAGUGCAGUGUUUGUCACAAGAGAAACCCACUCUGGAGAAGACAAGCCAGUGUACUAUGUCAGUCGCACCAUGGUUUCCCACGAAAGGCGGUACGCGCCCAUCGAGAAGGCUGCACUGGCAGUAGUGAUGGCCGCAACCAAAUUAAGACCUUAUUUUCAGGCCCACACCAUCAUUGUCCUCACCAAUCUCCCUCUGAAAUCCACGUUAGGGUCAAUGGACGUGGCCGGGAGCCUUGUCAAGUGGGCGGUCCAGCUAAGUGAGUUUGACGUCAGGUAUGCGCCUCGCCCCGCCAUCAAGGCCCAGGUCCUAGCCGACUUCGUCGCAGAGGGUAUAGCCGAGUCAGAGAAUGGGACAGACGAUUGCUGGCAAGUUCAAGUCGAGGGAGCGGCCAGCCGAACAGGCGCCGGCGCAGGAAUUGUGAUGAUAAGCCCCGGAGGCGCGAUGCACGAGGUCGCGCUGCGAUUCGCCACCUUAAAGACAAACAAUGCUGCGGAAUAUGAAGCGGUGAUUGCAGGCAUGACCCUGGUUAAAGAACUGGGCGCCCACAAAGUCCAGGUCAAGUCCGACUCGGCCCUCGUCGUCAACCAACUUAACGGGACAUUCGAAGUAAAGGAGGAAGCGUUGGAAGGAUACGUGCAAAGGAUCAGGGAAUUGGGAGCCUGGUUUGGCGAAAUCUCCUUUGUCCACAUUCCACGAGAAGAGAACGCCCAUGCAGACGCUCUCUCCAAGUUGGCCACCGCCGUGGAAUUUGCAGAGGAUCGGAAAGUCAUAGUCACCGCAGAAGUACCUCGUCGAUAUUUGGUCGCAACCUUGGGAAACGGGGGCGCCGAUUCUGGGUGGAGGGCACCGAUCGUACUAUUCUUAACCCAAGGGACAGUGCCGGAUGACCCGAAGGAAGCCUGGCCCCUCCGAAGGAAGGCGGCACGGUGCUCCAUAAUCGAGGGAACAUUGUACAAAAGGUCUCACUCGGGAGCAUACUUGAGAUGUCUGGAUGAGGAGGAAAGCAGAAGGGCAAUUGAAGAGGUGCACGGCGGGACGUGUGGAAUGCAUGCGGGCGCACGCAGUUUGGAAAAAACACUGCUGCGACAAGGUUAUUACUGGCCAACGAUGAGACGGGACGCGAAGGCGCAUGUGGGCGCCUGCCACCAGUGCCAAAUUCAUGCAAAUGAUAUCCAUGUCCCGGCGGCGCCUAUGCAGGGAAAUGUGGGAGCCUGGCCUUUCGCCCAAUGGGGCAUGGACCUGUUAGGCCCUUUUCCCAAGGCGCCUGGGCAAAUGAAAUACCUGAUUGUGGCAGUCGACUACUUUUCCAAAUGGAUUGAAGCGGAACCUUUGGCCACUGUCACAGAAGCACAGGUGCGAAAGUUCACCAAGAAAAACAUAUUCACCCGGUUCGGCCUACCUGAGUCCAUUGUCACAGACCAUGGAAAGCAGUUCGAUUGCAAGAAAUUUGUGGAGUUUUGCGAUGACAAUGGGGUCGUAUUGCGGUUCUCUUCAGUGGCAUACCUACAGGCAAACGGUCAAGCGGAGGCGGCCAACAAGAGCAUUCUCCACGGGUUGCACACUCGAUUAGCAGGCGCCAAGGGCAAGUGGGUGGAGGAGCUGCCAAGUGUGUUGUGGGCGCAUCGCACGACCUACAAAACAGCCACUGGGGAAACACCCUUCGCCCUAACUUACGGAAGUGAGGCGGUCAUCCCGGUGGAAGUCAACACCCCAAGCUACCGCGUUGUCCAGUAUGGCCCAACCAGCAAUGGCGAAGCAAGAACCGAUGAACUGGACAUGGCAGAUGAGGUGAGGGAAGUAGCGGCCAUCCGGCUGGAAAAGAUGAAGCGCCAAGUGGCUCGGUACUACAACAAGAAAAUGCGUGCGCAUGGAAUCACCGAAGGCGCCCUAGUUCUCAAACGUGACUUCCGCCCGGACGCCCAUGAAGGGAAGUUAGCACCGAAAUGGAAAGGGCCAUAUCGAGUCCGAGAGGUGGUAGGACCAAGUACGUUCAAGCUAGAGCAUACUAGCGGCAAAGGUGUAAAACGAACUUGGAAUGCGCAGAAUCUGCGAGUUUACCGGGAGGGCGCCUCCGUUUGAUGAGGACCAAGAAGGCAAAGGGCGGUCGUAGUUGAGAGCAUUGUUUGUGUUAGAGACAAUUGUGUAAAGCGCAGUGCAUUGUGUCCAAAGCGCUCGUAAAAGUAGCACCGUGUUGUGUCCAAAGCGCCCCGUGUUUCAGCACCCGAUUGUGACUUCAUGUUUUCAAUUCUCCUUUCGUAAGCAGUAAAAGCGCCCAAACUUCGCGCCCAGAAAUUUUGUGUGGAACAAAGCGCCCUAACCUUGCGCCCGAUUGUGUGUUUACAAUUGUUAAGUGAGUAAGCAAAGCGCCCAAUCUUGCGCCCGUCAAACCCAAAGCGCCCACAAAUUUGCGCCCUACGACAAAACAAUUACGCGCCCACAUUUGCGCCCUUGAGACAUGGCAAUCAGUGAUAAAGGAAAUUUGCGCCCAAAACCACAAAGCGCCCACAAUACUCGUGCCCAAAUACGACGAUAACGCGAUAAGUAAAUAAAUCCAGCAAGUAUGG